AUGCUUCAGAACACUAAUGAGACACCACCACCAGCAACAGAGACCUCAGCACGAACCAGACCUCAGCACGAACCCAUCAAGUAUGGCGAUGUUUUCCCUAUCGAGGGAGAACUUGCGGGGAAAACGGUGGCCCCAAGGGAUGCGGCAAUGAUGCUGACGGCUGAGAACGAAAUGCUUGGGCAUAUACAGAAGGGCGGUGCCACCGCAACCAUGCAGUCGGCCGCCAUGCGCAACGAGAGGGCUGGCUUUGUGGGUCAUAAUGACGUGACCGACUACGCUGGCGACCGCGGCGUGAGGAUCACAGAGACCGAUCUUCCAGGGAAGCGUUUAAUCGUCGAGUCGGUCGCCGGGCAGGUUGUCGAUCAAUUUAGUCAGCGCGUUCCGUCGGCACCACCCACCCUUUUUGAAGAAGGUGGUUGUGGUGGCGGCGGCGGCCAGGGUGAUGCAAUCACUAUUGGUGAAGCACUGGAGGCCACUGUCAUGACAGCCGGAAGCAAGCCAGUGGAGCAGAGCGAUGCGGCAGCUAUUCAGGCGGCCGAAGUUAGAGCAACAGGCCGCACCAACAUAGUCCCUCGUGGGGUUGCCGCCGCCGCUCAGUCGGCGGCAACUCUGAAUGCCAGGACAACUAGGGACGAGGACAAGACAAAACUUGCUGAUGUUCUUGCGAAUGCUACUUCGAAGUUGCCAACGGAUAAAGCGGUGACACGCCGAGAUGCAGAAGGGGUGACGGGUGCGGAGAUGCGCAACAAGCCAGACCUGACAACACAUCCGGCAGGAGUGGCGGCUUCCAUGACUACGGCUGCUAGGCUCAACCUCAAUAAAUAAGCAACUAAAUUUUGUUUAAUUUCUUCUAUAAUGCCAUAUAUAUAUAUCUGCCCAAUCGAAGAGACAUGGAAAAGCUAGCUAGCCAGAGAUAUACUGUCGAUCCUUUUGUUUCGUUAAAUUUAUUUUCUUAUAUAUCCUCUGUUUUAGACGGCUUUAGUAGUAGUGUGUCUCCUUUCUUGUGCAUUAAUCGACGAGUAUCAAUAAAGUAUAUUAUUAUAUAGUCUAA